AUGACUGACUUCCUCGCCAUGCAUUGCGAUGAGGAUUGGAUGAUGGUUGACGCCACCAUCAUCCGGUGGGUCUUCCUCACCGUGUCUAAGGACAUCUUUCACACUGUUGUUCGCGACGGUGACGAUGCCUACAUGGUGUGGACGAAGAUCAUCGGCCUCUUCACCGACAAUAAGCUCCAACGGAUCGUCUUCUUGCAGCAGGAGUAUUUUGGUUGUCACCAAAAUGACUCCUCCAUUGACGCCUACUGCAUGCGCCUCAAGACCCUCUCUGACGAACUCAAUGACGUCAUCUUCAAGGUUGGGGACGAGCUCCUCCUCGCUACCCUCACAGCCGGCCUCAACGAAGAUCUCGGUAAUGCCCCGUCCAAUCUUACUCUUAUGGCUAACCCUACUUAUGAACGGGCGGUGGCCUAUCUACGUCUUGAGGAGCGUCGCCUGAAGAACCUGCGGGCUUGUCCGGCUCAUGCCGCCUUCGCCGCUGGCUAUUCCCACGGCGGGUCUACAUUAGCACCUCCGCCGGGGGCCACGGCGCCCCGCUGCCUCCGCAGCCUCGCUCGCCGGUGCCUCUAG